AUGGGGAGGCGGCAGCGGCGGUCGGUUGGUCCGGAGACGCCGUCGGCGGUGGUCGGUACCGGCUCUCGGGUCGGGGAUCCGUCGGAAGAGCAGCACGGCCACGACCGACGAAACAACGGCCGCCGUCGCGACGAUGACGAGACGGACCGUUUGCAACACGUCCUCCGUGCGGGCCAUGAAGAGCGUCUGCUCGUGCGAGGAACGCGUGGGCUGCUACGGGUGCGGCUGCGUGGGGUCGAGAGUCGUCGCCGUCGCCGGCCCGAGGAAUGCGCGCGAGACAAAGGACCACACUGCAGGGAAAAGCAUUCCCAGCUGCUCCUGCUCCGCCUCUACUCGCUCAGUGCAGCGCAUCGUGCGACUUGCACGUGGUGUGGUGCACGUAACAUUCCCCCAGUCACGUUCGACUGGCAGCGGAUGGGUGUGGUGCACGCGAAUGACAGACGGCUUUGCGCCAUGUUGGACUCGAACGCGGAUGCGCCGGGAGCAGAGACUCGGAGUGUCGACCAGAUACUGCAGCAGCUGUGCAGGGACAACAAUCACACGGGCGCGAACAGCUCGUCGUCGUCUCAGGUGUCGGUCCAAGAAGCUGUGCUCUUGCUGCAGAAGCUGCAGGCCCAGCAGUCGUCGAGCGCUUACGUGGCGCCUGGGCUCGAGCAGCAGCUCCAAGACGACGCAGCUCUUGCCUACACGCACUAUCAGCAACGCUCUGCGGCUGUGACUCGCGUCGUAGAGGCUGCCGUAAGCCAGGAACUGCUGUGCGACGACAAUCCGCUCGUCAAUCUCUUCAAUUGGACAGCGUUCCACUCGCGGCUCGCCAACCUGCGCGACGCCUUCCCUGAGCCAGAGGUUAAUCAUGCACUGGCCGUCAAGGCGAACCCGAUGCGCGGCGUGUUACGAAGUGCACGGGCGAAGGGGCUCGGUGCAGAGUGCGCUUCGAUCGCCGAAGCAAAGCAUGCGCUGUCGCUUGGCUUUGAACCUCGCAAAGUGGUGUUCGACUCGCCUUGCAAGACGCGAAGUGAGCUGCGUGAGAUGCUGCUGGCUGGCGUGUACAUUAAUCUGGACAAUGAAGAGGAGAUCCGAAAGAUGAAUGAGAUAUUUGCCGAGAUGAGGCUCUGCAGGGAUAAGAUCAGGGAGAAUCAUGCAAUGCAGAUCGGACUGCGCAUUAAUCCCGUGGUGGGCGGCGGAUCGAUUGACGCUACCAGCACGGCCACUAUUGCGAGCAAGUUCGGACUUCCGCUGACGGCAGAGACCAAGCCUCGUCUGCUGGUAAUGUUCAAGCAGAACUCGUGGCUACAAGGCGUUCACGUGCACGUUGGCUCGCAGGGCUGUCCUCUGGACUUGUUGUCGCUUGGAGCGAAAAAAGCGGUGACUUUUGCACUGGAAGUGAACGAUCAUGUUGGGUACCAACAGGUGCGCGUGCUCGACAUUGGUGGUGGCAUGCCUACAGUGUACGACGGCGGAGAGCGGGAAGCAUUUGAUUUCGAAGAGUACGCGACCGUAGUGCGGCAACAAGUGCCUGAGCUGUUCACGAGCGGGUUUGCGUACAUCAUUACCGAAUUCGGACGCAGUGUUUUCGUGAAGCCUGGCAUUACGGUGUCUAAGGUCGAGGCAGUGAAGGACUGGGCAGGUCAGCAUAUUGUUGUGGUCCACGUUGGCGCAGACCAAUUUCCGCGCACAGCAUUUCUGCCAGAGCAGUGGUCCCACUGCAUCUCUGUUCUGGAUAGCCAAGGGCGUGUCAAGACGGAUCCUAGCAGUGCAUACUUGCGUCAAGACAUCGCCGGCCCACUUUGCUUCUCCGGUGACUUCCUUGCCAAGCAGUUGCUGUUGCCACCCAUUGAAGUCGGAGACUACGUGGUGAUUCACGACACUGGAGGCUACACGAUGUCCAUGUACUCGAGAUACAACAGUCGGCAGAUGUCGUCCUGCUUUGCCUACUCACCAACUGAUGAUGGCAUCAAGUUUUCGUUGCUGAAGGAACGCGAGACGACGGAAGAGGCUCUGGCGUGCUGGGGGCUUGAUUGCGAUGUGGAGUUGUAA